AUGACGCAGGAACCUCUGCAUAUUGUGCCAGAUAACAUUUUGUUACAUUUAUACACGCGAUUUAUUCUUAAUAUCCCUGAUGAGUUAAAAGAAGAUUGUGCAAAGAAUUUCGUGAGAAUCUUUUUUGAAGUUGAACGGGCUCAUUGGUUUUAUGUCGAUUAUUGCAUUGAAGAUCCUUCAGUUGGUGGUGUCGAUAUGUUUGGACUGACGCAACAAUUAUUUGGAAAAUUUCCUUCUAUUGUCCCCAAGGGUAUAAACUGGCAAGAAAAGUUUGUCGAGUGGAAGAAAUAUCGUGGAUCUACAGCUACGGGAAGCAUGAUAAUUAUUGACGAACAUUAUAAGAUGAUCUUAUUAGUCCAAGGAUUUUAUGGUAAUCGCUGGAGCCUUCCUGGUGGCAAAAUCAAUCAAGACGAAUCUCUUGUUGAUUGUGCUUCGCGUGAAGUGAUGGAAGAAACGGGCCUGGACUUGACGAAUCGUAUUUUACCAUUUCUCUAUAUUGAUCGUUAUAUUGGUGGUACUUUAAGACGAGCAUUCAUUGUUGAAGGACUUCCGAGGACUUCUCGAUUGAAGCCUGGUACAAAAAACGAGAUUGAAGCUAUAACUUGGUUUGGGAUUGCUGAUUUGCCGACACAUAUCCAAGAUACUGCUUCUAUUGAGAAAUUGAAUUCAAGACCAAAUAACUUUUACUUGGUGAUUCCAUUUAUUCGACAACUGAGAUCAUACAUAGAACAGCGUUUGUCAGGCAAACCUCCUGCUCUAGCUUUAUGUGAAUCAGAACGUGUUUGCGGUAGUUCUAUGAAUUCUUCUCUCAAUCUUCAACACACUUCAGCAAGCAAUUUGUCAAGUAUGAAAGUGAAUGCCACAAGUACCCCGUCCAAAAAGCAGAAAAAGAAGAAAUCAAAUACAUCCAAAAGUCUCAAUCAAUCUUUAUCUGAAGACGGAAACACCGGUGAAAAAUCGAGGAAUCGUGAACGUCCUGUUAAUGUUGCCAACUAUACGGAGUCUAAGAUUUGUGGGAAACCUAGUACAAAUUUCUGUUUCAUGUCAAUAUUGGAUGAAAAUACGAAGAGCAGCCCUGAUAAUCGUGACAAAGGUGGUGAUGAUGAUAUUGGAUUACAAAUUGUGUCGUGUUGGCAAUCGUUUCAGCUUGAUAGAAAUAAGUUAUUAGAAUGUUUAUCUAAUAGCGCAAAGUGA